AAAGAACCCAUGUGAAAAUCAAUAGCAAGAAUCAAAGAGAAUAAAAAAAAAUGAAAUGCAUAAUUAAAUAUUAAAAGGCGGCGACCCCAAAUGGUCAACAAUUUCAUCUCACCCUGUCUGUCUCUUUCUGCAACUUCCUUCUUCUUUCUCCACCUAUCUCGCCCUUUAUAUACUCACACAACUACCUCCGUCUCUCUCUAAAACCUCACAGGAUUAUUCAGCAUUCAAAAAACUAAAAAGCAUAAUUAGCUUAAUUAAGAGCAGUAAUUAAAGAAACAAGAAAGCUUAAUUCAAAGAUAAUUAUGCUGAGGUUAGAAGUUGCUAUACCUCCACCGACGAUGGAUUUCGACUUCAACGAUGCCAGGCCUAUGCCGUUCUUGAGUGCUCCGUCUACGCCCAGGCGUUUGGGUGAUUUUUCUCUCAGUGCUCCUUCCAGUCCCUCCAGAAUCGCCGAGUUUUAUCGUUCUUUUGACGAGUUUGAAGAUAGUAACAGCGCCGGAUUUGCUUUUAAUUGGGAGGAAACACCUGGCACGCCGAGAUCUCCGUCGCCGAAAGGAGAUGAGUUCGCUUUUGAUUUUAGGUCUGAGUUAGAAGAAACUUCUCUUUCUGCUGAAGAUCUUUUCGACGGAGGUAAAAUCAAGCCGCUGAAGCCGCCUCCUAGACUACAGUAUGAAGACAGGAGUCCUCUUUUGUCUCCGAGAUCGCCGAGAUCACCGCUAGCUCAAGGGAAAAAAAUGAUUCGUGAGGCUUUCUCGCCGAGGAAGAAGAAAGAUUAUUCAGAUCCAUUUGCUACAGCAGCUGAAAAUACUCGAAAUCAAAGAGGUAGAGAUAGAAGUCCGGUGAAUUUAACAUCUAGUGCGAGCCGCCGGCGAGCGGCGAGAUCGCUGUCUCCGUACAGAGUAUCGGAAUAUCCAUGGGAAGAAGAGGAAAUAAAGUUACAAGACAACGCUAAAGAAGAAUCUACCACUGCUCAAAAUUCGAAAACUGCUUCAUCUUCUGUAUCUCAGAAUAAGAGUUCUUCAAGAAAAUGGAGAUUGAAGGAUCUUCUACUGUUCAGGAGCGCAUCUGAAGGAAGAGCAUCGGAUAAGGAUUAUAAGCUUUAUCCGUCAUUCUUUAGAAAACCUGAAGAUGCAAAGAACUCGAGCUUCCGGUCGAACGACAGUACCGGUUCAGGGUCGUCGGGGUCGAGGAAGAAGGGGCAAGUGUCGGCUCAUGAACUGCAUUACAAAACGAAUAAAGCGGCAUCUGAGUAUAUGAAGAAGAAAACUUACUUGCCUUAUAAACCAGGCAUUUUGGGAAGAUUUGCCUUCUAGCCAUGUUUGAUAAUGACGAACAAGUUGUAGAGAGCUAUAUGAAUUACAUUCAUUUCUUGUUUUGAGAUUACUUUACAAUUGUAUGUAAAAGGAUGGUACAUAUUACUACAGCCAUAUCCGAACCAAGUCUCAGAUAAAUUAAUUUUGUUAUCUUAUAUCA